AGAUCUCUGGUAAGUGUAACAUGUGAGCAUUACUAGGCAUUUCAUCCUGCGGUUCUGCAGUCUUUGCUAUUCAGACUGUUGCUCAGUUGGAAUGCUUCUGUGCAGCGGAUCCUGAGGUUCUGUAGAUAUUUUUAAGGACCUACUAGUACAUUUGGAGGUGUAAGUGGCAUUUUGCAAGAUCAUCGAAGGAACAGGAAGGCAUCUGAAACCUACCGAAAAGGAUAACUAGCGGUUUUCAGAGUGGAAGGAAACUGUAUUGGCACAGAGGCCGAUGAUUGAAUAAAGUAGUUGGCUCAAAGAAGAUGCACAGUCUGCUGUUUUUUCCUCUGAAUGAAGACUAUUUAAUGGAAGCUGUAUUCACGUGGAGUUCAAAGGAAACGCUGGAAUGAUAAACUGCUGAGUUUUUUUCCUCCUCCAGUCUCUUUUAAAAUGAAAAGCCUGAAGCAGUAACUUGAGCUCAAAUGCCUUCUAAUUCCUUCGCAACCUGCCUGUUUUAUUAGGAUUCUCUGCUAACACCAUUUCUGCCUGGUGCCUGUGCCCUUGUGCUGGAGCAGCUAUAGACAACUGCCUGAUGGAGAAAGAAUGACCGCUCUGCCUUGCUUAUGCUGUCGAUGGGAAUAAAGCUAUCUGUGUUACUUCAAUUUUUUGGGAUAUCUGGAUUAAUCAAGCUGUGUUCUAGUACCAAGAGUCCUAUUGUCUCUCGUGGUCUGACUCAUCGCAUGUAAAUGUACUGCAGCUUUGCUAUUAAUGCAGAGUGUUGUUUUUUUCUCUCCCCAAACACAGAAAGAAUUGUCAACCUCUGAGCUUCAUUGUAAGAAUUUGUGCUGAAUCCUAGAUGUAUUUUUUUUUUUUUUGCCUGGAUAGUAUCUGCAUUUAACUAGGGAAGCUGAAGAAAUGAAGAUAAAUUAGAAGUGGAACAGAAUAGUGAGAUUUUAUUUUUUAUUUUCAGAGUUACAAGCAAGCCAGUACUGGUAACUCUAUGACCUUGCAGGCAGGAGUGGGCAGAACUGUGAUCAUCUCUAUCACAGCAGUUGUUUCUCAUUUCAUCCUGCUUUGUGUGGUGUUGACACCUAAAAUAAUAAUCUAUGCAAGUAUAUUUCUAAGAUAUAGUACAGCAAUAGACUAUUUUGAUAGGGAAAAAUAUUUUUAAAUGAGCUUGUACUAAACUUGGUUUUAUUUACUAAUAUCUUAAUGGGAAAUUUCUUUUAAGUGCUUCAGCAGCCCAACAGAAAAGAAUACGAUUUUGUUGUUUUAGGAAGUUAUAAGUUAUACAGUCGUAGUUUUAAACAUUGAUUUUUUAUUAUAGUACUUAUUAACUUAAAAAAAACAGCUGUGCUGUUCAGAGAAUGAUUCUAAGUAUUGUACAGAAGAGGAGAAAAAACUAUUUUUGCUUUUUCAACUGUGACUUUCAUCACAUAGCUUGGAAUUUAGUAUUUUAAGAGAGCGAAUGAGUCGUGUGUGUAUUGUUGUUUUGGAGGAGGUAGAAGAUGAAUCUCCUGAAUUCAUUUCUAAAUUGCCACAGGAGAACAAACCCCUAUAUUCUCCACCUUCUGGAAAUGUAUUGCCAUCACUGGUGCAGGCUAUAUUUAACGGAGAUCCUGAUGAAGUUCGAGCACUAAUAUUUAAGAAAGAAGAUGUUAACUUUCAGGACAAUGAAAAGAGAACUCCACUGCAUGCUGCUGCCUAUCUUGGAGAUGCAGAAAUCAUUGAACUGCUUAUUUUAUCUGGAGCUAGAGUUAAUGCCAAAGACAGCAAAUGGUUGACACCUUUACACAGAGCAGUUGCAUCUUGUAGUGAGGAGGCAGUACAGGUACUUUUGAAGCAUUCUGCCGAUGUUAAUGCUCGAGACAAAAAUUGGCAAACCCCUUUACACAUAGCUGCUGCCAAUAAAGCUGUAAAGUGUGCUGAAGCUUUGGUACCUGUUCUGAGUAAUGUAAACGUGUCUGAUCGAGCAGGGAGAACUGCCUUACAUCAUGCAGCUUUCAGUGGACACGGUGAGAUGGUCAAACUACUCUUGUCUAGAGGUGCCAAUAUUAAUGCUUUUGACAAGAAGGAUAGACGUGCAAUCCAUUGGGCUGCAUAUAUGGGUCACACUGAAGUAGUGAAAUUACUUGUGACGCACGGAGCUGAAGUGACAUGCAAGGAUAAGAAGUCUUACACGCCUCUUCAUGCAGCAGCUUCUAGUGGAAUGAUCAGUGUAGUCAAGUACCUUCUAGAUCUUGGAGUUGAUAUGAAUGAACCAAAUGCCUAUGGAAAUACGCCUCUGCAUGUAGCCUGCUACAAUGGACAGGAUGUUGUAGUGAAUGAACUUAUAGACUGUGGUGCUAAUGUAAAUCAGAAGAAUGAAAAAGGAUUUACUCCUUUACACUUUGCUGCUGCAUCUACACAUGGAGCUUUGUGUUUAGAGCUUCUAGUUGGCAAUGGGGCCGAUGUCAAUAUGAAGAGCAAAGAUGGGAAAACCCCACUGCACAUGACUGCCCUCCACGGUAGAUUCUCCAGAUCACAAACCAUUAUCCAGAGUGGAGCUGUAAUCGACUGUGAAGAUAAGAAUGGAAACACCCCUUUGCACAUAGCAGCACGGUAUGGCCAUGAGCUGCUAAUCAACACUCUUAUUACAAGUGGUGCUGACACUGCAAAGCGUGGCAUACAUGGAAUGUUCCCCCUCCAUUUGGCAGCCUUGAGUGGUUUUUCUGAUUGCUGCAGGAAACUUCUUUCUUCUGGAUUUGAUAUAGAUACCCCAGAUGAUUUUGGCAGGACCUGUCUACAUGCAGCUGCAGCUGGAGGGAAUUUGGAGUGCCUAAACCUUCUUCUGAAUACUGGUGCAGACUUCAACAAAAAGGACAAAUUUGGGAGAUCUCCACUGCACUAUGCUGCUGCCAACUGCAAUUACCAGUGCCUGUUUGCUCUUGUGGGAUCAGGAGCAAGUGUGAAUGACCUUGAUGAAAGAGGCUGCACACCCCUGCACUAUGCAGCUACUUCAGACACAGAUGGCAAGUGCCUGGAAUACUUACUAAGAAAUGAUGCAAAUCCAGGGAUUCGGGACAAGCAAGGAUACAAUGCAGUUCAUUAUUCAGCUGCUUAUGGUCACCGUCUGUGUCUCCAGCUGAUUGCAAGUGAAACUCCUUUAGAUGUUUUAAUGGAAACCUCAGGAACAGACAUGCUGAGUGAUUCAGAUAAUAGAGCCACAAUAAGCCCUUUACACUUGGCUGCCUAUCAUGGUCACCAUCAAGCACUGGAAGUGUUGGUACAGUCUUUGUUAGAUCUUGAUGUGAGAAAUAGUAGUGGAAGAACACCCUUAGAUCUUGCAGCAUUUAAGGGCCAUGUUGAAUGUGUGGAUGUACUCAUUAAUCAGGGAGCCUCGAUCUUAGUGAAAGAUUACAUUUUGAAGAGAACCCCUAUACACGCUGCAGCAACAAAUGGCCAUUCAGAGUGCUUACGGCUACUAGUAGGAAAUGCAGAACCUCAGAAUGCAGUUGAUAUUCAAGAUGGAAAUGGACAGACGCCUCUGAUGCUCUCUGUGCUCAACGGGCACACAGACUGUGUCUACUCACUGCUGAACAAAGGCGCAAAUGUAGAUGCCAAAGAUAAAUGGGGAAGGACAGCACUGCAUAGAGGGGCAGUUACAGGCCAUGAAGAAUGUGUAGACGCAUUACUUCAACAUGGUGCUAAGUGCUUAUUUCGGGAUAGCCGGGGCCGGACACCUAUACACUUGUCAGCUGCCUGUGGACACAUUGGUGUUCUUGGAGCCCUUUUGCAGUCAGCAGCAUCUAUGGAUGCAAAUCCAGCUAUAGUCGACAAUCACGGAUAUACAGCACUCCACUGGGCUUGCUACAACGGUCACGAGACAUGUGUAGAACUUCUUUUAGAACAGGAAGUUUUCCAGAAAAUGGAAGGAAAUGCAUUUAGUCCUUUGCAUUGUGCUGUGAUAAAUGACAACGAAGGUGCUGCUGAGAUGUUAAUUGAUACAUUAGGUGCCAGCAUCGUGAACACCACAGAUUCAAAAGGAAGAACUCCUCUCCACGCAGCCGCCUUCACAGAUCACGUCGAGUGUUUACAGCUCCUGCUCAGUCACAACGCUCAAGUCAAUUCUGUGGACUCUUCUGGGAAAACCCCUCUCAUGAUGGCUGCAGAAAAUGGACAAACAAAUACAGUUGAGAUGCUGGUCAGCAGUGCUAGUGCAGAUCUGACUUUACAGGACAACAGUAAAAACACUGCCCUCCAUUUGGCUUGUGGCAAGGGUCAUGAAACUAGUGCCUUGUUAAUACUGGAAAAGAUAACAGAUAGAAACCUCAUCAAUGCAACCAAUGCAGCCUUGCAAACACCUCUGCAUGUUGCUGCCCGAAAUGGGCUAACAAUGGUGGUUCAGGAGCUUCUGGGGAAAGGAGCAAGUGUGCUUGCGGUGGAUGAAAACGGCUACACCCCAGCUCUGGCCUGUGCACCCAAUAAGGACGUAGCUGAUUGCCUCGCUCUCAUCCUGGCCACCAUGAUGCCUGUCUCCUCGAGCAGCCCUUUAUCAUCCCUGACAUUCAAUGCCAUUAACCGCUACACGAACACCUCAAAAACAGUCAGCUUUGAAGCCCUGCCCAUCAUGAGGAGUGAACCCAGCUCCUACUGCAGCUUCAACAACAUCGGCGGGGAGCAGGACUACCUGUACACCGAUGUGGACGAGUUGAAUGACUCCGACUCCGAGACCUACUGAGGCGGGGCCCGGCCUGCGCGGGGCGAGCUGACGUGAGGCCUCACACGGGGCUGUUUCAGGAGGAAGGCGCUUUCUUAGUGACGCACAGAUUCAGCCUAAGAAGAAAGAUCACAAGAGUGAGGAAUAUAAAAGUGAUGACAUUAAGAAGAAGCAUUUUAAAGGCAAGUUUUGCAAAAGGAACUUCUAGAAUCUUGAAAUAGACUUGACCAGAGGAAAACACUUUGAUGUCAAAUUGCUUUGUAGAAUUGUUUGAUUUUGCAGUGCCAGGAAUAAUUUGGGACACUGUGCACCCUAAUCUGCUUACACAAGCAACACUAUUAUUGUAAAGAGAUAAGGACACUAGAUUUGAAUUUUAUCAAUAAAACUCCAACUAAAUUUAA